AUGUCAUACCUUUCUGUCUAUCUUGUUGAGUACACCGGUGGACAGCGAAACCACCACGCAAUUUUUGUCAAAAACGCCCAAAAUGAAGCAGGAACCCUUAUUCACGUAACCGGUGAUAUACAGAGGGGCUGUACGCUUGAAAUCAGGCAAACAUCCAAGAGUCCGAGGCUGUCAGCAACCUUCGAGACAUGGUCACAAAUAGGAGUGAUUGCAGCUAAUGAUAUGCCUCGCGUUCAAGCUAUCUGCGAGGCCAAUCCUCCGCCGGAGAAGCAGUUCAACGGACCCAAGAGGAUCAACCCCAGGAAGCCUCUUCGACGCUGUCAGGAAUGGACAAGGGAAACAAUUGAUACCCUUCGAGAGCAAGGUGUCCUUUUGAACGCGAGCUAG